ACUUUUUACUCGCGGUCGUCUCCCGCCACCGCGUCAUCGUGCUCUGCAUCUGCUCACCACCUUCUUAACCUCCCAGCUUACUGUUUCGCCUCCUCGUCUCAUCUCAUUCUCAUCACGCACUAGUGAGCCAUUCCUAGGCUAGCUCAGCGCGUCUUCUUCCCAGUUCAGGCCUCGAUCGGUUCUUUGCUGAUCUCUCGUGCUGGCAGUCAGUCAGCAGGCUGCAAUGGAGCGUCUGCGCCGGCGACCGCAGCCAGCGGCGAUCGACAUCACCUGGGUGUCGUGCCGCGGCGUCAGGUCGUCGCUGCCGUUCCACACGCCGUGCCUCUACGCGUCCGUCUCGGUCACCCCGUCGUCGGCGGCCACCAAGAAUGCGCACGGAAACCGCCGUCCCCACCGCGUGAAGACGCCCACCGACCGUGCCGGCGGCGAGAACCCCGAGUGGGACGCGCCCCUGCGGCUCUACCUCCCCGAGCCCGAGGCCUCGCCGCCGCCGGCGGAGCGGGAACAGGAAGCAGCGGGCAAGAACAGAGCAGGCGACGACGUCCUCCUGCUGGUGCGGUUCGAGCUCAAGGCGGAGGUGGCCGUGCUCGGGGACGUGCUCGCCGCGUCCGCCGCGGUGCCGGUCCCCGACCUCGUCGCCGACGGGCGGACGCGCCGCGUGUCCUACCAGCUGGCGGGCCCCGACGGCAGGCAGCCCAAUGGCGUCAUCUCCUUCUCCUACACCUUCCACCAACAACGAAACGACGACGACGACCACCACCAGACCGGCGACGCCGAGCUCGUCGCCGCGCCCCCCUGCCCCACCUCGCCGGUGUCCAGUCCCGUCGCGCAGCCACCGCCUACGACCGCGGCGCCGCGGCUGUACCCGGCGAUAGAGUGGCCGCUGACGGAGGAGAUACCAAUUUACCAUACACCGCUACCACUAGCUGGGGCUGCGGCCGUCACGCUCGCUAACUCGCGGUACUACCCUCCUCCACCGUCGUCGGCGACUCCAGUGGAGGUGGAGCCGGUCGCGGUGUACCCGCCGGCGCCAGAGACGUCGUCCUGCAGCUUGUACCCGUCGGUACUGCCGGCCAGCGCGAUGUACCCACCGGUAGACCUUGCUCCAGUGAGCUGCUAUCCGCCAGCGCCAAGAUGGGAUGAUCGGUGUUUGUACAGCUGAAGUCAUCGUUCUUGGUUUUGGUUUUGUGUAUGCAUGGUAGUUCAAUUGAUUGACCGUUUCUUCGUGCUAGCCGGCCGGCCGCCUCCGCGUUUUAGCGGAGCCAGCGCGCGGCGUGUGUUCUUUACUGUUCUUGGCUCCAUUUUCUUGGUAUUUUUUUAACUUCGACGACAGAAUACAGGCUUUUGUGGAGACUACCAGAGAAGAGUAGCAGCAGCUCAGAUUAUUCAGAAAUGUUAGAAAUCAUGUUCUUGCUUGCACACAAAC